AUGGCUAAGUCACCGAACGAACCGAACCCUGUGGUCGCCUCGUUCGUGCCUACUUCCAAGGGAAGCGAGGCGAGCACCAAGGAACCAGAAGAACCUAGGAAACCUGAUAUUAAGGGUAAACAAAAGGCUCCAAAUCGACGCCUUACCUUUGACAUCCCAGACGACAAAGAUACCAAACAGGAAGGUAUAAUUGACACCGUUGGUGACGAUAUUCAAAAGGACGAAUUCAUUGAGUUUAUCAAUGAGAACGGACCGAAAGCGAUCAACAAAGAACUAAAAAUCCCUGAUAGAAAGAAGUUGUCAAACGGGAAAGACUCUCGCUAUGAGUCAUGGAAGAUUGAUAUGCUAGGAAAGUUACAUGCCCAAGCCUUACAAUACAACACGCCCGAGGCACGUAAGAUGUAUGUCAAAUCUAUGUGCGAGGGAGACGCUGCAGACCACUUAAUGGCUCGUAUGCGAGAUGAUACAGUAAACCCCUUCAAUGAUGUGGAUUGA